AUGCGUGACUAUUACCAAGUCAACCUUAACCUGCCACCAAGUCAACCUGAACCUGCCACCAAGUCAACCUGCCACCAAGUCAACCUUCCACCAAGUCAACCUUCCACCAAGUCAACCUGCCACCAAGUCAACCUGCCCCACCAAGUCAACCUGCCACCAAUCAACCUACCACCAAGUCAAGCUGCCACCAAGUCAACCAGCCACCAAGUCAACCUGCCACCAAGUCAAGCUGCCACCAAGUCAACCAGCCACCAAGUCAAGCUGCCCCACCAAGUCAACCAGCCACCAAGUCAACCUGCCACCAAGUCAAGCUGCCACCAAGUCAACCAGCCACCAAGUCAACCUGCCACCAAGUCAAGCUGCCACCAAGUCAACCAGCCACCAAGUCAACCUGCCACCAAGUCAAGCUGCCACCAAGUCAACCAGCCACCAAGUCAAGCUGCCCCACCAAGUCAACCAGCCACCAAGUCAACCUGCCACCAAGUCAAGCUGCCACCAAGUCAACCAGCCACCAAGUCAACCUGCCACCAAGUCAAGCUGCCACCAAGUCAACCAGCCACCAAGUCAACCAGCCACCAAGUCAACCAGCCACCAAGUCAACCAGCCACCAAGUCAAGCUGCCCCACCAAGUCAACCAGCCACCAAGUCAACCUGCCACCAAGUCAAGCUGCCACCAAGUCAACCAGCCACCAAGUCAACCUGCCACCAAGUCAAGCUGCCACCAAGUCAACCAGCCACCAAGUCAACCAGCCACCAAGUCAACCUGCCACCAAGUCAAGCUGCCACCAAGUCAACCAGCCACCAAGUCAACCAGCCACCAAGUCAACCAGCCACCAAGUCAACCAGCCACCAAGUCAACCUGCCACCAAGUCAAGCUGCCACCAAGUCAACCAGCCACCAAGUCAACCAGCCACCAAGUCAACCUGCCACCAAGUCAAGCUGCCACCAAUUCAAGCUGCCACCAAGUCAACCUGCCACCAAGUCAACCAGCCACCAAGUCAACCAGCCACCAAGUCAACCAGCCACCAAGUCAACCUGCCACCAAUUCAAGCUGCCACCAAGUCAACCUGCCACCAAUUCAAGCUGCCACCAAGUCAACCUGCCACCAAGUCAACCAGCCACCAAGUCAACCAGCCACCAAGUCAACCAGCCACCAAGUCAACCUGCCACCAAGUCAACCUGCCCCACUACGCACCAACCAACACAUAA